AUGUCGUCGUUUGGAAUCAAACUUUCACCCAGUUCACCACUUAUUGUUGCCCCGAGUGGUCCUUUGGCCACCGCCGCUGUGGAAAGUGGUCUAAGUGCCGUCGAAGAGCUCAAGCUUCUCAAAGAUCAGGUGCAGGAUGUCGCUAGAGUUUGCAAUGCGGUAGCCAACGGCGAUCUUAGUCAGAAGAUUACUGUUGAGGUUCGUGGCGCGGUAAUGGUCAGUCUCAAGGACGCUAUCAACACUAUGGUUGAGAAACUCGGCAAAUUCGCGAAAGAAGUAACUCGAGUAUCUCAGGAAGUCGGUACAGAAGGAAGACUCGGGGGUCAAGCUGUCGUUCCUGACGUUGAAGGCACUUGGCAAGAACUGACUGAUGUCGUCAACAACCUCGCAGCAAAUUUGACGAGUCAAGUGCGAUCCAUAGCUGCGGUCACCAAAGCUGUUGCCGUUGGCGAUCUAUCCAAGCAAAUCGAGGUCGAUGCACGAGGGGAGAUUCUCGACCUGAAGAAUACCGUCAAUGGAAUGGUCAUCCGGUUACGAGCAUUAGCCGCUGAGGUUACCCGUGUAACUCUUGAGGUUGGUUCCCAGGGCAAGUUGGGUGGUCAAGCGACUGUGGAAGAUGUCGAGGGCGUCUGGUUCGAGCUCGUGAAGAACGUCAAUCGAAUGUGCUUAUCCUUGACGGAUCAAGUUCGAUCGAUUGCUUCCGUAACGACGGCAGUUGCAGAGGGUGAUUUGACAAGGAAAGUGGAAAUCGAGGUUGAGGGCGAGAUGCAUCAGUUGAAGGCAACGGUUAAUUCCAUGGUGGACGAUUUGAAUGCGUUUGCAUCCGAGGUUACUCGUGUCGCUCUGGAAGUUGGUACACAAGGUAUCCUCGGGGGUCAGGCGAAGGUCGAAGGUGUCAAGGGUACCUGGGCAGAUUUGACUAGGAACGUGAACAAGAUGGCGAACAAUCUGACCGACCAGGUGCGGUCAAUUUCGAAGGUAACCAAAGCUGUGGCGACAGGAAAUUUGACUCAGCUUGUCGACGUUGACGCUCAAGGUGAAAUGCUGGACCUGAAGAUCACUGUCAACAAGAUGGUUGAGCAGCUCAGUGUCUUUGCGAGCGAAGUGACGCGUGUUAGUCUGGAGGUUGGGACGGAGGGUGAAUUGGGAGGGCAGGCUGUCGUACCCGGAGUUUUCGGAACAUGGAAGGCUUUAACAGACAACGUGAACCUUAUGGCUAUGAAUCUGACGAACCAAGUGCGGUCUAUCGCUCAAGUCACGAAGGCCGUUGCGAACGGCGACUUGUCCAAGCGCGUCGAGAUUGAUGUGAAAGGGGAAUUCCUCGAGCUAAAAGAAACUGUCAAUCAGAUGACAUCGUCUUUGAGUGUCUUCGCUGAUGAGGUAACGAGGGUUGCGCGCGAAGUCGGCACAGAAGGAAGACUGGGUGGCCAGGCUCAGGUGAAGAAUGUCGCUGGAACAUGGAAGGAUUUGACCGAUAAUGUCAACGUCAUGGCUAACAACUUGACUAACCAAGUCCGGGUUAUUGCAAUCGCGACGUCCGCUGUGGCGCACGGCGACCUAACGCAAAAGAUCGUCGGCGUAUCGGUCUCUGGGGAGAUGUUGGAGUUGGUCGAGACGAUCAACAAGAUGAUUGACCAGCUUGAUAUCUUUGCUGUCGAGGUGAAGAAAGUCGCGCGUGAGGUUGGAACCGAAGGAAAGUUAGGUGGUGUAGCAGACGUAGGUAAUGUCCAAGGUAUCUGGCAGGAGAUCACGUUGUCCGUAAAUGCCAUGGCAGGAAAUUUGACCACCCAAGUGCGAGGUUUUGCCCAGAUCUCAGCAGCUGCCAUGGAUGGUGACUUCACUCGUUUCAUUACCGUUGAAGCGAGCGGAGAGAUGGACUCACUGAAGUCGCAUAUCAACAGUAUGGUCUUCAAUUUGAGAGAUAGCAUCCAGAAGAAUACUGCGGCGAGAGAGGCGGCUGAAUUGGCAAACAGGAGUAAGAGUGAGUUCUUGGCCAACAUGUCUCACGAGAUUAGGACGCCGAUGAAUGGGAUCAUCGGUAUGACGGAGCUCACGCUCGACAGUGAUCUGAAUAGAUCUCAGCGAGAGAGCUUGCUGUUAGUCCAUAGUCUAGCGCGGUCGUUACUGUUAAUCAUCGAUGAUAUUCUGGAUAUUUCCAAGAUCGAAGCUGGCCGGAUGACAAUGGAAGCUGUCUCGUAUUCUCUCCGUCAAACGGUGUUCGGCAUUCUUAAGACGCUAGUCGUGCGCGCGAAUCAAAACAACCUUGACUUGACCUUCGACAUCUCUCCUGAUAUCCCCGAUCAGCUCAUUGGCGAUUCGUUACGUCUGAGACAAGUCAUCACUAAUCUGGUGGGCAAUGCUAUUAAGUUUACGCGGUCCAAACCCACGAAAAAAGGACACAUUGGAUUCUAUGGCCGGCUAGUGGCGUGCGAUGACCAGAAUGUGACGCUGGAGUUCUGUGUUAGUGACACGGGUAUUGGUAUACCGAGAGAAAAGUUGAACAUCAUAUUUGAUACUUUCUGUCAAGCGGAUGGAUCAACAACUAGGGCUAGUUCCUUUAUAUUUUCUGAAUACGGCGGGACAGGUCUAGGACUAUCAAUCUCGAAGCGUCUGGUCAAUUUGAUGCAAGGGAAUAUGUGGGUCGAGAGUGAGGUAGCAAGGGGAAGCAAGUUUUUCUUUACAAUCACCUCACAGAUCAGCCAUAGCUCCAUGGAUAAUAUCUUGUCCAAGAUGUCACCGUUCUCGAAGCGAACGAUCCUUUAUAUGGACAGCCUAGGUGAUGAUACAGGGGUAGCGACGAGCAUACGGAAUCUAGGUCUAAAGGUUCAUGUGGUCCAUUCUGUCUCUGAGGUUGCGGAUAAAGCAAAAUGUCCACACAUUGAUACUAUUGUGGCCGACUCUCUGGCUGUUACCGAGAACCUUCGGGAGUACGAGCAUCUUCGCUACAUACCUGUUGUGUUGCUGGCUCCAUAUAUGCCCCGGCUUAACUUGAAGUGGUGCUUGGACAAUAGCAUCAGCUCUCAGGUCACGACGCCGAUAACCCCUCAUGACCUUUCAGCUGCGUUAAUAUCCGCUCUGGAAUCGAAUACUGUGGUCCCGGUGACUGUACCAAAUGAUACGACCUUGGAUAUUCUUCUCGCCGAAGAUAACGUUGUGAACCAACAACUAGCCGUGAAGAUUUUGGAGAAGUACGGACAUAGCGUCGAAAUUGCGGAGAAUGGUAAUAGCGCGGUAGAGGCGUUUAAAAGACGAGUGUUGCAGAACAGGCCAUACGAUAUCAUUUUGAUGGAUGUCUCGAUGCCGUUCAUGGGUGGUAUGGAGGCGACGGAGUUGAUUAGGGCGUAUGAAAUGCACGCCGAUUUGCAGCCUAUACCAAUAAUUGCUUUGACUGCUCAUGCCAUGAUUGGUGACAGGGAACGUUGUAUGCAAGCGGGCAUGGACGAACAUAUUACGAAACCUCUUCGUCGGGGUGAUUUGCUGAACAUUAUCAACAAACUCACAGCUGAAAGGGCUGCCUCACGACUUGGAGGGAAGCAUUGGCGUGUGCGUCCCGCACGGUGGAUGGAUCCAGAUGGAGGAUACUAA